AUGGCGGACGAUCAGCUGGUUGUGGAAGCUUGCCGACGUGACCAGCCACACCUGAUUGAGCAAGUUCUGCAUGACAUGGAGGACAAGUCAAACGAAGACGUGGCCGAAUUCUUCAACGGAGUGACCGAUCCUCUGGGAAACCACGCAUUGCACGUCUGUGCCUCAUAUGGCAGCUACGAUGUGAUGGAUGCUUUGUUCGAUAUUCAAUUCUUUGAAUGUGACCCACUUACCCGGCUGGACAAAGACACCCCGCUUCACACUGCCGUGCGGUACGCCAAUGAGAAGGAUGCCGAGCUGGGCCUCGAGAUGAUCAAGAUGAUGUGCGAGGCCGGCUGUGACCCACGCGUACGCAACAAGCAUGGCCAAAAACCGGCCGAUCUAGUCUACAACAAGCCCGAAAUCAAGAAUUUACUUGCGCAGACAGAGUACAUCUUGGCGGAGGGGAUCCAGAAUGACGAGGGCAAUGGCUCGGACAGCGCCAGCGAUAGCGAAUAA